GUGCUACAUCAUGGUCACCAAGGCAGUCACGGUGGCGGCUAGUAGGUGGCCCUUCAGUUGUAUGCUACAUCGCAAAAAUCUCAAUUAUUUGAUACCGACCUUCCGACUUCAGACACGAACUCGACCAUCGGCCAUGUCCUUGAAGACGAUCGCAGUCUGCAGUGAAUCCGAGCUACAGGAUGGUCAAAUGAAGCAAGUAGACUUUGAGGGAGAGGGAAAGGUGGUUUUGUAUCGUUUGAACGACAAUAUCCAUGCGACUAGUGCCUUUUGCACUCAUUAUGGUGCGCCCUUAGCCAAGGGUGUGCUAACGGCGGAUGGUAGGGUUGUCUGUCCUUGGCACGGAGCUUGUUUCCGUGUUUGCACUGGUGACAUUGAGGAUGCGCCAGCUCCUACUGCAAUUCACUCCUUUAAGGCGGAAGUCGUGGACGGCAAGAUCAACGUGACCGCUGAUCCGUCGCAGACCCUCAAGAGCAACAUGAGUCGAGCACCCAAGCUCUUGUCGACUGGCGCUGCUGGGUCUGGGAAAAGCGUUGUCAUUAUCGGUGGAGGGUCCGCCACUUUCCACGCCAUCGAGAGCCUGAGAGAGCAUGGAUAUCCUGGAAAUAUCACCGUUCUUUCCAAAGAGACACAUCCCCCAAUUGACCGAACGAGGUUGAGCAAGACUUUGGUCACAGAUCCGUCAAAACUUGAAUACAGGACGGCCGCUGACCUCAAGAUUAAGUAUGGUACCACUCUCCGCACUGGCGUGACUGUGACUUCCGUGGAUACGUCUUCUAAACAAGUCGUAUUUGAUGGAGGAAAGGAAUCUAUAUCCUAUGAGACGCUGAUUCUCGCUAUGGGUGGUGCUCCUCGUCGUUUACCGGUUGCUGGAUCAGACCUUGAGAACGUAUACACGUUCCGUGGCAUCGAGGACUCGAAACACGUUGAUGCAGCGGCUCAAGAGGGAAAGCGAAUGGUUGUCAUUGGAAGUUCCUUCAUCGGCAUGGAGCUUGUAGCUGCUGUCGCUAAGCGGGGACUUGCGUCCAUCGAUGUCAUCGGCAUGGAGGAACACCCGUUCCAGAGCGUACUUGGCAAAGAAGUGGGCGAGGGUCUUCAGAAGUAUCAUGAAUCUCAAGGUGUCAAGUUUCACAUGAAAACUCAGGUCGAGAGGAUCGUGCCAUCGGAGAACAACCCUUCACUGGCUGCUGGUGUUGUCAUCAAUGGGGAGACUCUCCCCGCCGACUUCAUCGUCAUGGGAGUUGGCGUGACUCCAGCGACUGAAUUCUUGAAGCAAAGCGGCUUCCAGCUUGAGAAGGACGGGGGAAUCAAGGUUGACGAAUACCUGAAAAUUCAAGGUCAAGAUAACAUUUACGCAGUCGGCGAUAUUGCUUGGUACCCUCAGCAAGAGACGGGAGAGAGCCGUAGGAUAGAACACUGGAACGUUGCGGGUAACCAUGGUCGUGCUGUUGGUAAGACGAUCGCAGGCGACCCACAGCCAUUUGAGAAAGUGCCAAUCUUUUGGAGCGCCCAGGGACAGCAGCUCCGUUACUGUGGCAUUGGAGCAGAUUAUGACGAUGUCAUUAUACACGGUACCCCGGGCGAGAUGAAGUUCAUUGCGUACUAUGUCAAUAGCGGCAAAGUUGUCGCUGUAGCCAGCAUGCAAAAUGACCCAGUGGUCAGCAAAGCAUCUGAGCUCUUGAGACUUGGGCUCAUGCCGUCUCCCGCCGAGCUGAGGGAAGGAAAGAACCUUCUCGGUGUCGAUAUCUCCACGGUUUCCACAAAGUGGUAGGCGCUGCGAAUUGACUACUUAGGUCUCCAUCCUCUGGCCGCGUAUCAAUGGACAUUCUGUCUGCACACCACCUGAAGUGCAUGCGAGCAGCAUCCACUAAAUUGAUUUGAAC